AUGCGGUUCCAUCAGAUAAUGUUGUUCCUCGGCGCUGGACUGUAUGAAGUGUCAGGACAGACCUGCAACAACAGCCCCUCACUUUGCUCACGACAGUACAAUAACAUCACUUACCUUGGCGCACAUAACUCUCCAUUCCUUCGAGAUUCCUCGACGGGGUUUUCGACAAGCGGGAAUCAGUACUACAACACCUCCGUGCAACUUGCAGCGGGUGUCCGGCUUCUUACAGCGCAAGUUCAAACAMCUAGCGACUCCACAGCUCUGCAUGUCUGCCACUCGAGCUGUAGCCUUCUAGAUUCAGGGACACUUAGUAGCUGGUUGAGUGAGAUCAAGACUUGGAUGGACUCUAAUCCGAACGAAGUGAUCACCAUUUUGCUGGUGAAUGGAGCUGGCGCCAUUGCAAGUGCUCUUGCCGAGGCAUAUACGACGUCUGGUCUCGUUGAUCUGGCUUACACACCUCCCUCCAUCGCAGCCAACKGGAGUUGGCCAACUCUCGGCUCCCUAAUCGGCAGCGGUACUCGGGUGAUGAACUUUGUAGCAUCGCUGGAAUCCAACACUGCUGCACCGUAUCUGAUGAAUGAGUUUACGUACAUCUUUGAGAACAGCUACGAUAAUAGCGUGCCAGGUGAUUUCUCCUGCUCGCCGAAACGACCCACAAGCAUUGCGAACGCUACCACUAAAGCAAUCUUGUCUGGGUACCUUUCUCUAAUGAAUCACUUCCUUUACGAAGAUCAGGCCUUCGGCAUCCAAUCGCCAAACGAAACCUACAUAAGAACGACGAAUGCGCCCGGUGGUUCUCCGGGAAACCUUGGUGCCCAUGCGGCAAUGUGUGCAUCCGCUUAUGGAAAGGCUCCGACAUUCAUGCUUGUCGACUUCUUCAACGUUGGACCGGCGAUUGCAGUUGCAGACAACCUGAACGGGAUCUCGCCAACUGGCAGUGUCGAUAUCACCAGUGAUACUUUGAUGGACACAUCCAGCGCGAUAAUAGGAAUGCGUAUGACCCCACUCCUUUGGUAUUGCUGUGCGGCCUUGGUCGUAUACUUCAUACGAUAG